UGGCGUCCUGAGCAGGACCACACAGCCGGAGACCGCAUCGUUUCACUGGGCUUUCAGAUCAAGAAGGACAGAGAGUGAAGCAGCGUGACUGGACCGUUUCAGUAAACGCAGAGAAACGUACGCUUUCGGUGCUCGUAUGCUUCCCAGAAAAGGAUAGACGGGAUUAAACAUCAGCGGUCCACAUCGGUGUAAUUUGCUUAGCGGUUUCUGUUGUUCUAUUUCGCUAAUUCAAUUUUCAUGCGGUUGCAAAGCCAGUCGGUGACGCGAAACAGGUGAGAGCCGAGGCGGCCGCUCCUUAUUUUCGGGAUUUGGGCUGGAAAUGGCGAGCGAGAAGCCGCUUACGGCGCCGCUGGCGGAGCGAGAAGCCACGGGCGGCGGGGACGCGAUGGUGUCCGGCUCAGGCUCCGUGGUUCUGCCGGCUGGCGUCAUCAACCCGACGGUUCCGAUCCGCAACAUCCGCAUGAAGUUCGCCGUGCUGAUCGGCCUCAUCCAGGUCGGCGAGGUCAGCAACCGGGACAUCGUCGAGACCGUGCUGAAUCUGCUCGUUGGUGGCGAGUUUGAUCUGGAGAUGAACUUUAUCAUCCAGGAUGCGGAGAGCAUCACGUGCAUGGUGGAGCUGCUGGAACACUGCGAAGUGACGUGCCAGGCUGAGAUUUGGAGCAUGUUCACGGCCAUCUUGCGCAAGAGCGUGCGCAACCUGCAGACCUGCACCGAGGUGGGCCUCAUACAGCAGGUGCUGCAGAAGAUGAGCGCCGUUGACGACAUGAUCGCAGACCUCUUGGUGGAUAUGCUGGGGGUUUUGGCCAGCUACAGUAUCACAGUGAAAGAGCUGAAGCUGCUGUUUAGCAUGCUGAGAGGAGAUAAUGGCGUAUGGCCAAGGCACGCAAUCAAGCUGCUAUCUGUCCUGAACCAGAUGCCUCAGAGACAUGGCCCAGAUACCUUCUUCAACUUCCCAGGACGCAGUGCAGCGGCCAUUGCUUUGCCUCCCAUUGCUAAGUGGCCUUACCAGAACGGUUUCACUUUCAACACAUGGUUCCGUAUGGACCCUCUGAACAACAUCAACGUAGACAAGGACAAACCCUACCUAUACUGUUUCCGAACGAGCAAAGGGAUCGGAUACUCGGCGCAUUUUGUGGGGAACUGCCUGAUCGUGACGUCGCUAAAGUCCAAAGGCAAAGGCUUCCAGCACUGCGUGAAAUACGACUUCCAGCCCAGGAAGUGGUACAUGAUCAGCAUCGUGCACAUUUACAACCGCUGGAGGAACAGUGAAAUCCGCUGCUACGUCAACGGCCAGUUGGUGUCUUACGGCGACAUGGCCUGGCACGUCAACACCAAUGAUAGUUAUGAUAAAUGUUUCCUCGGCUCUUCGGAGACGGCUGAUGCCAAUCGGGUUUUCUGCGGUCAGCUUGGGGCUGUGUAUGUGUUCAGCGAGGCACUUAACCCAGCGCAGAUCUUCGCCAUUCAUCAGCUGGGACCCGGAUACAAGAGCACCUUUAAGUUUAAAUCAGAGAGUGAUAUCCACUUGGCUGAACACCAUAAGCAGGUGUUGUAUGACGGGAAGUUGGCCAGCAGCAUCGCCUUCACCUAUAACGCGAAGGCUACAGACGCACAGCUCUGCCUCGAGUCCUCACCCAGAGAGAAUGCCUCCAUCUUCGUGCAUUCGCCCCACGCCCUCAUGCUGCAGGAUGUAAAGGCCAUCGUCACACACUCCAUCCACAGUGCCAUCCACUCAAUUGGGGGUAUCCAAGUGCUGUUCCCGCUCUUCUCUCAGCUGGACUACCGGCAGCCCAAUGACAGCCCUGUGGAGACCACCGUGUGUGCCACUCUCCUGGCUUUCCUGGUGGAGCUGUUGAAGAGUUCUGUAGCCAUGCAGGAGCAGAUGCUGGGAGGAAAGGGCUUCCUGGUCAUUGGAUACCUAUUAGAGAAGUCGUCCCGUGUGCACAUCACCAGGGCUGUACUGGAGCAGUUCCUCUCCUUUGCUAAGUAUCUAGAUGGCCUCACACAUGGAGCUCCUCUCCUAAAGCAGCUGUGUGACCACGUCCUGUUCAACGCUGCCAUCUGGAUACACACACCUGCGAAGGUUCAGCUCUCUCUGUAUACUUACCUGUCUGCUGAGUUCAUUGGCACGGCUACAAUCUACUCCACUAUAAGGCGAGUUGGCACCGUUCUGCAGCUCAUGCACACACUCAAGUACUACUACUGGGCCACCAACCCACUGGAGAGCAGCGGCAUCACACCUAAAGGCCUUGACGGUCCUCGGCCCACACAAAAGGAGAUCAUCUCUCUGCGUGCCUUCAUGCUUCUCUUCCUCAAGCAGCUCAUUCUCAAGGACCGUGGUGUGAAAGAGGACGAGUUACAGAGCAUCCUGAACUACCUGCUGACCAUGCAUGAGGAUGAGAACAUUCAUGAUGUUCUGCAGCUCUUGGUGGCUCUCAUGUCUGAGCAUCCAGCCUCCAUGAUCCCAGCAUUUGACCAGAGGAACGGUAUACGGGUCAUCUACAAACUCUUAGCUUCUAAGAGCGAGAGCAUUCGCGUGCAAGCGCUGAAAGUCCUCGGCUACUUUCUCAAACACCUCGGACACAAGAGGAAAGUGGAGAUCAUGCACACACACAGCCUCUUCACACUGCUGGGAGAGAGAUUAAUGAUGCACACCAACACUGUGACAGUAACAACCUACAACACGCUGUAUGAGAUUCUGACGGAGCAGGUGUGUACUCAGGUGGUUCAUAAACCUCACCCAGAGCCUGACUCCACUGUCAAGAUCCAGAACCCCAUGAUUCUGAAGGUGGUGGCGACUCUGCUCAAGAACUCCACUCCCAGCGCCGAGCUGAUGGAGGUGCGCCGCCUCUUCCUGUCCGAUAUGAUCAAGCUCUUCAGCAACAGCAGAGAGAACAGACGGUGUUUGCUGCAGUGUUCAGUGUGGCAGGACUGGAUGUUCUCCCUGGGUUACAUUAACCCCAAGAACCCAGAGGAGCAGAAGAUCACCGAGAUGGUAUACAACAUUUUCCGCAUCCUGCUGUACCAUGCCAUCAAGUACGAAUGGGGCGGCUGGCGUGUGUGGGUGGACACUCUCAGCAUUGCCCACUCGAAGGUGACGUACGAAGCACAUAAGGAGUAUCUAGCUAAGAUGUACGAGGAAUAUCAGCGUCAGGAGGAGGAGAACAUGAAGAAAGGUAAGAAGGGUUCAGUGAGCACCAUCUCUGGUCUGUCAGCGCAGCCAGCAUCCGUCAACGGCACCCGCGAGACAGACGACACGUCUCAGACGCACACUCCUGAGAGCGAGGCUGAGUACACUGAGAGCAGCGAGCCACAGAACCUGCUCACUGACGCAAAGGAGCAAGUCCAUGUCCAUGAGCUUCUGGUGGACAUCAAGGCUGAGAAAGUAGAGGCCACUGAGGUGAAACUGGAUGAUCUGGACCUUUCUCCGGAGGCUCUGGGAGGAGGUGGAGGUGGAGGAGGAGGAAUGGAAAACGGCCCACUGGUGGAGGUGGAUUCACUGCUGGACGCCGCUUACUGCGUGCACAAGCUCAACGGAGGAUUAGCUCCCAAGGAAGAGGAGGAACCAAUCGUGAGGACGGGUACAAGUGAAGACGACGCCAACCUGGGGCCCUUGAUCACGCUGGAUGAUGAGAAGGACAUUACACCCAACAACAAUGGCUUCCUCUUUCCAAAAAGUGAAGAGAAGCUGCUCCCCUCUCUGGCCACACCUGAGCCUCUGUCACUGUCCGGCCCAGAGCAGGUGCCUGUUGCACCCACUGUACCUACCUCUGUACCGGUGUCUAGCGCCAGCGACGACCUCAGCCUGCUGGCCCACAUGACCUCAUGCGACUCGGACCUGGCAGCCGAUGAUGACAGCUUUAAGCUGCAGAGCUCGCUGGCUGACAUCAGCACGCUAGCUGAGGGCAGUGAGAGUGGCAUAGGAGAGGCAGGAACAAUAAAGAGCGGAGACGCCAUCAGCACCGUGUCGGACACUGAGAGGUCAGACGACGGCAAGGACAAAGAGAUGAAGAAGAUCCAAACAACAGCCACCACACAGGCCCUGCACGGGCGCUCGGCCAGUCAGAUGGAGCGGGAUCUGCGGGUGGAUCUCGGCUUCAGAGGGAUGCCCAUGACUGAGGAGCAGCGGCGGCAGUUCAGCCCCGGACCUCGCACCACCAUGUUCCGUAUACCGGAGUUCAAAUGGUCCCCCAUGCACCAGCGCUUACUCACAGACCUGCUGUUUGCCCUCGAAACAGAUGUGCAUGUGUGGAGGAGCCAUUCGACGAAAUCAGUCAUGGACUUCGUGAACAGUAAUGAGAACAUUAUAUUUGUACACAACACCAUCCACCUCAUUUCUCAGAUGGUUGAUAACAUCAUCAUCGCCUGUGGAGGGAUCCUGCCUCUGCUCUCCGCUGCCACUUCACCUUCUAGUUCUAAGGUUAGUGCAAACCCUAAGAAGCACACACCCUGCUCUCAGACUAAGGGCAUUGAAGUGAAGCCUGUGCCAGGGAGCUCCUCCUCAGGGGGAGAGACAGAGCUGGAGAAUGUGGAGGCCACUCAGGGCAUGUCGUCUGAGACGGCAGUGACGUUCCUCAGCAGGUUGAUGGCCAUGGUGGAUGUGCUGGUGUUCGCCAGCUCCCUCAACUUCAGUGAGAUUGAGGCUGAGAAGAACAUGUCCUCCGGAGGCCUGAUGCGGCAGUGCCUACGCCUAGUGUGCUGUGUUGCUGUGAGGAACUGUCUGGAGUGUCGGCAGAGGCAGAGAGAGCGAGGCAACAAGUCGUCACUUCCUAUCAGCAAGACACAGGACAACCUUCAGAGUACAGCUGCCACCAGCAAGAGUGCCAUAGCGAAUGUCCCUCGUAACCUCUCACCUAUCAAGGACCCUGACAGAUUGCUGCAGGACGUGGACAUCAACCGUCUGAGAGCUGUCGUCUUCAGAGAUGUGGAUGACAGUAAACAGGCUCAGUUCCUGGCUCUGGCUGUAGUUUACUUCAUUUCUGUCCUCAUGGUAUCCAAAUACCGGGACAUCCUGGAGCCACAGCGGGAGAUUGGCAGAUCCAGCAGCCUAUCAGGAAGGAGCAUACGGCAGGAAAUUAACUCUCCCACUAGCACAGAAAACCCUUCCUCGUUCUCAGACAGCAGUCGAAUUGAGCGUCCAUUGGAGGAUCUGCCCCUGGAGUCCUCACUGCCCCACACUGACUCAGGCAUUGGGGACGAGCCGGUGGGCGGGACCCUUAAUGGUUCUGAUCUGGGAGUUGUAGCUUCAGGUGUGGGUGGAGGUCCAGACGCCAUGAGCGAGCUCCUGUGCACGCUUUCAGCAGAAGUGCGCAAGUCCCACGAGUCUCUGCUCGAGUCUCCACUCGGUGCUGACCCUCUCAAGCCGGCCACAUCUAUCUCCAGCAUUAGCCAGGCCAACAAGGGCAUCAAUGUUAAAGAGAUCCUUAAAAGUUUGGUGGCAGCGCCAGUGGAAGCCACCGAGACGGGUCCUGAACCACAGCCGUACCAUCCUGACCCGGCCCUGAAGAGAGAGGCGGCCGCCAUGCUACCCAUGCAGUUCCAUUCCUUCGACAGGAGCGUGGUUGUACCAGUGAAGAAACCUCCACCUGGCAGUCUGGCAGUGAACACAGUGGGCACACCCACCAGCAGUGCCAUUCCCUCCUCCGGCAGCACACCUAACAUCUUUGCUGCUGCCAGUGCCACGCCUAAGAGCAUGAUCAAUACAACAGGUGCCACAGACUCUGCCUCGUCUUCCUCUGCCUCAUCCUCCAGCUUUGUGAACGGUGCCACCAGUAAAAACCUGCCUGCUGUGCAGACUGUAGCUCCCAUGCCCGAGGACACAGUGGAGAACAUGAGUGCCUUUUGUGAGGUGGACCCAUGUCCACUGCGAAGUGGCUUGACCCCUGCAGAGCUCAAAUCCUUUAGCUCACUGGCAGGAUUCCACACAGCCCCCAGAGAUGAGGGACAGUUUCUUAGUAUAACCACUAAGCUAGAGCGUGCGCUAGAGAAGGUGGCACCGCUCUUGAGGGAGAUCUUUGUGGACUUUGCACCCUUCUUGUCCAGGACCCUGCUCGGUAGCCAUGGGCAAGAGUUGCUGAUUGAAGGUACAGGUCUGGUGUGUAUGAAGUCCAGCACAUCAGUAGUAGAACUGGUGAUGUUACUGUGCUCACAGGAGUGGCAGAACUCCAUUCAGAAGAAUGCAGGACUGGCAUUUAUUGAGCUCAUUAAUGAGGGCAGGCUCUUGUGCCACGCCAUGAAGGACCACAUCGUGCGAGUGGCCAAUGAGGCAGAGUUUAUCCUCAACAGGCAGAGGGCUGAGGACGUCCACAAACAUGCAGAGUUCGAGUCCAACUGCGCUCAAUAUGCAGCAGAUCGAAGAGAGGAAGAGAAGAUGUGCGAUCACCUGAUCAGUGCAGCCAAGCACAGAGAUCAUGUGACCGCCAACCAGCUGAAACAGAAGAUCCUCAACAUCUUGACUAAUAAACAUGGAGCUUGGGGCACCAUGGCACAGAGCCAUUUGAUUGAUUUCUGGCGGCUGGACUACUGGGAAGACGAUUUGCGCAGGAGGAGAAGAUUUGUUCGCAAUGCAUUUGGCUCCACACAUUCAGAAGCGUCGCUCAAAUCACUGGAGGAUUAUGCUCCAGAGGAAGAGGAGGGCGUGAAGUCGAAGAAGACGUUCAGGAGCCAGUCUGUGGUCAGUCAGAAUCCUGAGAUGGAACUGAUGCUGGAGGGAGAUGAUGAUGCUGUCAGUCUGCUGCAGGAGAAGGAGAUUGACAAUCUCGCAGGUCCUGUAGUUUUGAGCACGCCAGCCCAGCUGGUCGCUCCUGUGGUCGUUGCCAGGGGGACGCUCUCCAUCACCACCACUGAGAUUUACUUUGAGGUGGAUGAAGAAGAUCCCGCAUUCAAGAAGAUUGAUGCAAAGGUUUUGGCAUAUUCUGAAGGGCUGCAUGGGAAAUGGAUGUUCAGUGAGAUCAGAGCUGUGUUUGCAAGGCGUUACCUGUUGCAGAACACUGGCUUGGAGGUCUUCAUGGCCAACAGAACAUCUGUCAUGUUUAACUUCCCGGACCAGGCAACUGUCAAAAAGGUGGUGUACAGUUUACCCCGAGUGGGAGUCGGUACCAGCUACGGCCUUCCUCAGGCAAGACGGAUUUCUCUGGCCACCCCUCGACAGCUCUUCAAGUCCUCUAACAUGACCCAGCGCUGGCAGCGGCGGGAGAUCUCUAACUUCGAGUACCUCAUGUUUCUUAACACCAUUGCAGGAAGAACAUAUAAUGACCUUAACCAAUACCCGGUCUUCCCCUGGGUCCUUACCAACUAUGAGUCUGAGGAGCUGGACCUCACUCUGCCUGGCAACUUCAGGGAUCUGUCGAAGCCAAUCGGGGCGCUGAAUCCAAAGCGUGCAGCCUUUUAUGCAGAGCGUUAUGAGACAUGGGAGGAGGACGGAACACCACCUCAUCACUACACAUCCCUCUACUCCACCGCUGCUUCUACUCUGCUCUGGCUCCACAGAAUAGAGCCCUUCACUACAUUCUACCUGAACGGAAAUGACAAUAGGUUUGACCAUCCAGAUCGAACAUUCUCUGGCAUCAUGCGCUCCUGGAGAAGCUGCCAGAGAGACACAUCUGAUGUCAAGGAGUUGAUCCCAGAGUUCUACUACCUGCCUGAAAUGUUUGUGAACAGUAAUGGUUAUGAUCUGGGAUUGAGGGAGGACCAUACGCCCGUCUGUGAUGUGGACCUGCCUGCCUGGGCCAAGAAACCAGAAGACUUUGUUCGUAUUAACAGAAUGGCUUUGGAGAGCGAGUUUGUAUCAUGCCAGCUGCACCAGUGGAUCGAUCUGAUCUUCGGCUACAAGCAGCGAGGACCCGAGGCAGUGAGAGCUCUCAACGUGUUCCACUACAUGUCUUACGAAGGCUCUGUCAAUCUGGACACUGUCACAGACCUGCAGCUCAGAGAGUCCAUGGAGGCUCAAAUCCAGACAUUUGGUCAGGUUCCUUCGCAGCUGUUAAUUGAGCCUCAUCCUCCCCGCAGCUCGGCUAUGCAUCUGUGUUUCCUUCCUCAGAGUCCACUCAUGUUUAAGGAUCAGAUGCAGCAGGACGUGAUCAUGGUGCUGAAAUUUCCCUCCAACUCUCCGGUGACGCACGUGGCUGCCAACACGCUGCCCCACCUGAGCAUGCCCGCUGCCGUAACGGUCACCUGCAGCCGCCUGUUUGCUGUCAACCGCUGGCACAACACCGUCGGUCUCAGGGGAGCCCCAGGCUACUCACUGGAACAGGCUCAUCACCUCCCGAUUGAGAUGGAUCCUCUGAUAGCCAAUAACUCUGGGGUGAAUAAACGGCAGAUCACUGACCUGGUUGACCAGAGCAUUCAGAUCAACACACACUGUUUUGUGGUCACUGCUGACAAUCGCUACAUCCUGGUGUGUGGCUUCUGGGACAAGAGUUUCCGAGUCUACUCCACAGAAACGGGUAAACUGACUCAGAUUGUGUUUGGUCACUGGGAUGUAGUGACCUGUUUGGCUCGCUCCGAGUCCUACAUCGGCGGAGACUGCUACAUCGUCUCCGGCUCACGAGACGCCACGCUGCUGCUGUGGUACUGGAGCGGACGACAUCACAUCAUCGGAGACAAUCCCAACAAUAGUGAUUAUCCCGCACCCCGAGCCGUUCUCACGGGUCAUGAUCACGAGGUGGUGUGUGUGUCUGUGUGUGCUGAGCUGGGUUUAGUCAUCAGUGGAGCCAAAGAGGGUCCAUGCUUGGUACACACCAUCACAGGGGAUCUGCUGCGGGCUCUGGAGGGGCCGGAGAACUGCCAGCAGCCGCGGCUCAUCUCCGUCUCCAGCGAGGGUCACUGCAUCAUCUACUAUGAGAGAGGCCGCUUCUGCAAUUUCAGCAUCAAUGGCAAGCUGCUCGCUCAGAUGGAGCUCAAUGACUCCACACGGGCCGUGCUGCUGAGCAGUGAUGGACAGAAUCUGGUGUCUGGAGGAGAUAACGGAGUGGUGGAGGUGUGGCAGGCCUGCGACUUUAAGCAGCUCUACAUCUACCCAGGCUGUGACGCAGGCAUCCGCGCCAUGGAUCUCUCUCAUGACCAGAGAACUUUAAUUACUGGCAUGGCAUCAGGCAGCAUCGUGGCUUUCAACAUUGACUUCAACCGCUGGCACUAUGAGCAUCAGAACAGAUACUGAGAGUGGACACGCAUAUAAACACACAUACACACACACACACACACACACACACACACAGGAGCGAGAAGGCCGACUGCAGGCUGCUGCUGAACUUCAGCUGGGAGAACUCCUACUGACUCCUGAGCUGUUAGACCAAACACAUCUCUGUUCUGGAAUCAACUCACUGUCAGACUUUGUGAAAAGAUUUCAAACAUAAGACUUUGUUGUUGUAAGCUAGAAUCUUUAGAAUUGUUUUUCACUCCCCACAUAUGAUAAUAGGUCACGUAAAGUCCUCUUAUUUGCAGACUGUGAAAAUGAAGCCACCACUGCUGUGGACUCAACCUAUCUCCACCUCAGAGGCUUCAGAGACCAACCACCAAAUAAUAAAAUAACGAAUGCUUUUAUUCUCCUUUUAGUGGGUGGGGCUAGAGAACACACACACACACACAGCAGAAUGUUGGCGAAUAUAAAACAGGUCUUUGCUGUAAGGGCGGAGCUUACAUCCCUCAGUUUCCCCGUAUGGACGGUUCCACCACCUUUAAAAUCGUUAAUGACUUGCUGUAUGUAAAUUAUUGUGUAUUAUUAACAAAAUGUAGGCGCUUUUGAUGAGAUGACAGUGACCUGAGAUGAGAGCAGCCAGGUUACACCCUGGAGGUAAACGUCCUAUCAGAAAACGAGCUUCGUUUUCCUCUUUGUAUAUUUGGUAAUUGUUUUGUCAUAUAUGUACAUAACUUCGACAGCGUGGGCAGCCAGGCAUGUAAGAGGAGAAAAGAGUAAAAAAAAAAAACAACAAAAAAAAACACUUAAGUUAAAAACAAAAUGUAACCCUCUCACUCUCACACAUUUUCUGAUUAUUUAUGAUAAAAAAAAUAAAAUAAAUAAAUGUUGAAGAUUUUGUAUUGACACUUUGCACCAAUAACAUAAUUUAUUAGCGGAAUGGUUUUAUUUUUGGUUAGGAACCACCGGUUGUAUGAUUUGUGCAUCGAUGUUUGUUGUAUUUGUUCAAUAUUAAACCCAUGUGUAAUGAUUCUGUUGUACCACUGCAGUAAGCAAUAUCAUAACUUCGUAGCUAGGAGAGACAUAGAAAUCAUAAAGCUUUUGAGGAGGAAAGCUUGGUUUAUAUGAGUAUUAAAAUAUGUAAACACUUCAAUAUGCAGCAGUUUCUUUUUUUUUUUUCCCCUCAGCCUCUUAAGAGUAAGAAGAAUAUUUUUGGAGCUACAGUGUAAUACAGAAUUCUAAUAUAACCUUGUUUCAUUGCAAAGGUGUAAAUAAUUACACAGAAAAAAAAAUCGAACAAAAGAACAAUAAAUUAUGCAAAGAGUUUGCGGAUUUUGCCUUGUUAUUGGCCAUGGAGGUGUAUGUGACUGAGACAGAGGUGCGUAGUGAAUGAGCACAGCUGCCUGGGAUUAGACCACUGCUUAGACUGUACAUUUGAUUCAGUUUGUACAUUUUUGUUGUUGUUGUCCUUUUCUUUUUUCCAUGGUGGCUUGAUUAUUGCAUAUGUUUCUAAUUUAUUGUUUUGUUUAUUGUUUGUAGAGAGGAGAGGUAGAGUUAUUGGUGAAUAAUGAAGGAAAGAGAUCUGACUUCUGAACUCGAAUCCUAUCUGCUGAUUCAUGCAUUUGCAGCAACAUGAAUAAGGCAGAAAACUGACCGGAGGAGUCUCUCCAAAUGUUCGAAAUUCAUUCAUGCCAAUAUAUAAAGAUCAAUAACUGUAAAAUACAAUUGUUUUCUUUUUGUCGUAUUUACAAUAAAACCAACCAAAACAUG